UCGAUAGCGCGAUCCUAGGUGCGGCGAAACCAGACCUUUGACGAGAUGCCGCGGGAAGCGUCUUGGGCUGCAAAACGGCUCAAUGAGGGAAUAGGCGGCGAGAUUCUUCAGGUCGCAUGAUGGUCCUUCACAUACAAGCGGCACCUCCAUCUUGCUGUCGCCUGCACCUUGCAAGCGCUUCAUGGGCAGAGGCGGCGUCAACUCGAGGAACUAUGGCGUCGGUCCCCGGGGGCUGCAUCUGCUACAUUAAUAACACCGGCUCCGUGCCUUUCCCUCUUGAAUUCUCCGCUUCUCGUGCUUCGUCUACACGUCGGGAUCCUGCUCUGGUCACCCACGCCUCCUCCUCUCAAUCAGAUUUGCCUGCUUCAUUCCGCAAGCACAAGACUUACACCGCUCUCUGUAAGACAUAUGACAGAAUUCUCUUCAAGGUCCCUGAGCUUGUCGUCUGCAUCGCCGAGAAGUUGUGCCUACGAGAGCUCUGGUCUCUGAUGAGCAGCUCCAAGGGCCUCUACACCUUGAUCAAGACGAGCUCGCGACCGCGGCGCGGUCUUCGAGGAGGUGGUCCUCCAGCAAGGAACGUUCCCAACGGCGCGUUGCUCCUCUCCACGGAAGCACAGCGCCGCCCCGGCCUGGUUUGCCAUUUCUUCGACGCCUGUCCAGGGAGAGCUCAGAAGACGAGACUCGUGGGACCAGGACUUCGAUGGGUCCCGUCGCGCGUCCUCCAGCCCCUCCACCAGGUCAUAAUAUGAUGGAUGCCUUCCCUGAGGACAUCUUGGCGGGGGAGGAGAGCGACGGCGAGGAGCGCAGGGAGGGCGGCGAGGCGGAGGACGGGGGGAAGGGGAAUUCGAGGUCAGGUUCUCGUACUUCUGCGCCGUCCUUCAAGCCCCCCGAUUUUACUUUGAAUAGUAAGUUGUGGGAUAGACAGGGUGCGCUCUGGGAAUAUAUUGUGUCAAUUAGACUAUACUGUUGUUUCCUGUAUUGAUGACAUCC